UUGCUUUCAGGUGACAACAUCUUCGUUCAUGGAAUUGCUGCCACUCCAACUCCUCUGCUCAAGGGUCUCUGUGAACAUGCGAAGGCGAACAACCUAAAGGGCCUUAAGCUGCACCACCUGCAUCUUGAAGGCGAGACACCAUGGACUGCUCCAGAUGUGAAAGAUCGAAUCCGCUCCAACUCGCUUUUCACUGGCGGCAACCUCCGAAAAGCAGUCAACGAGGCGAUGGCAAGUAAGAAUAUGCCGCGAACAUUCGGUGACAGUGUGAUCCAUUCGUCGCACAUUGAUAUGCUGGUCGAAUCCGACUUCCCUCUUCAUACGAGGCACUUGGGAGAAGACAGUGAAGAGGAACAGAAAAUCGGAAAAAUCAUUGCCGAGAACUUGGUGGACAAUGGCGCAACUCUUCAAAUGGGUAUCGGAGCCGUACCAGAUGCAGCCUUGGCUGCUCUGAAAAAUCAUAAGGAUCUCGGUAUUCAUACGGAAAUGUUCUCCGAUGGCGUGUUGGAUCUAAUCGCAUGCAAUGCCAUUACUAAUAGUAAAAAGGUAUUGCAUCCUGGCAGACUGGUCGUCUCGUUCGUAUAUGGCUCCAAAAAGCUGUACGAUUACUUGGAUGAUAACCCGUUGAUCGAGUUCGGUGACGUACAGUGGGUCAACGACCCUUCUACAAUUCGACAGAAUCCUAAAGUUACCGCCAUCAAUUCAGCCGUCGAGGUUGAUCUCACUGGUCAAGUGGUUGCCGAUUCAGUCGGCAAACGGUUUUUGUCCGGUUUCGGCGGUCAAGUAGACUUUAUCCGUGGAGCAGCCGUCUGUAAUGAUGGCCUUGGCAAACCAAUCAUUGCUCUUCCAUCGGUUUCGAAGAAAGGCCAAAGCAAGAUUGUGCCUUACAUACAAGAGGGAGCUGGUGUUGUCACAUCUCGAUCUCAUGUACACUACAUUGUCACGGAAUACGGUAUUGCUCAACUAUGGGGUAAGAAUAUGCGGCAAAGAGCGUACGAACUCAUCAAGAUCGCUCAUCCAUCACAGCGUCAAGCUUUGGAGAAGGCAGCUUUCGACAGAUUGAAGGUUAUGCCAUCUGCGGACUGA